AUUGAAACCAAACAGGGCCCUCAUCAGCCAUCACCCUCUCUGCCCGCGGGCAAUGGCAGCUCAGUAGCUCACUGUGACACUGUUCAGCGUCCGCCUUCUGGAGCCACCGAGCCAGCCCGCAGCAUCGAAAGCUCAAGUGGCUCAUGCUAUAAGUAGGCGUCGCCAUCCUCCUUUCAUUCCACACGCCGGAAUCGCAGCCGCCCGUUCGCCCUACGGCCGGCACGAGUGCGCGAGUGAAUGAGCGAGCGAGCACGAGCGCACGCCCACGAGCUCGCCGCUGCUCUAGCCAGCAAGCUUCGGCCAUGAGGCCGGCAUCAUCAUCAGCCGCGCGCGCCUUCCUCUCGGGCGCCGUGUUCUUGCUCGCCCUCCUCGGCUUGGUCCUCGAAGCCGCCUGCCUCCGAAGCCUGCAGCCUCCUCCUACUCCUCUGCUGCAGGGCGGCGGCGGCGGCGGGACGGCGGCGGGGGAGGAGAAGGUGCGGCUGGGGUCGAGCCCGCCGAGCUGCCGGGGCAAGUGCUACGAGUGCAGCCCGUGCACGGCCGUGCAGGUGCCCACGCUGUCGACGGGGCCGUCCGGGCCGUCGUCCGCCGCCGCGCGGCCGCAGACCCGGGCGCGCGCCGCGGCCGACGAGGUCGCCACGCUCUCCAACUACAAGCCCGUCGGCUGGAAGUGCCAGUGCCGCGACCGCCUGUACGAGCCCUGACCGACGACGGCGACCCGCGCGCGGCUGGAACGGCGGCGGGCGGUGCUGGCUGGCGGCGCCGUGGCCGCGCGUCAGGCCAGGAUUCAAACAGAGAUCGAGCCCGUGAUCGUGACACGGUAAAAAAAAAAUCAUUGUAUCCGGCGAGGAAUUUUGCACGUCCUCCGUCGAUCGCCCGUGCGUCGGCCGGCGGCGCUCCCACCCGGCGAGAUUUUCCUAGGGUCCAUCGAUCUCCUUCCUCUUUCGCUUGUUCUCUCUUCGUUGUCUUCAGAAUCUAGCGGUCGGGGGUUUCAUCAUGUACAUGUCGGGUUGUAUGUGUUGCCGGGGUGCGUGGUCCAGGGAUCAUCAAUGCCGGCAGCUUGGCCCCGAGGAAGUGAAUAGUAAUGGCAUUCAUUGUGCUCGCAGCACUGUUCACACAAGUUAGCAACCUUGUUUUCCUAA